CUGGACGUCCGCUUCUGCUGCCGCGGAGGAUUAGCGAGCUCCACCCGGGGACGACGUCGGCGCCGCGGUUCGUCGGUCACUGGGCUCCACCGUCUCGGUCGCCAUCGAACGACGGCCUCGCUGUUCUACACGUGUGCGGAGCUUUAGGGAUGAACUGAGGAUGAAUGUAAACCAGCACACUCCAAUGGCCUCUUCAUAUGGCCAGCCCCAGCCUGGCUAUGGUCAGCCCAGCUACACUCCCCUGGACGGAGGGUACCCUGCCCCAUACACACCCUACAACGGCCCUGCUACGGCCUACCAGCCUGGGGCUCCCCCACAAGGUUAUUCUUCUUUCACAAGCUUUCCCUCUAAGGCUGUGGCAGCCAACCCAGUCUCUGACCUCUCCUCUUCUCUUGACUUAGGUCUUGCCAGGGGUGCUCCCGCCUCUGGACCCCCUCCCGUCUCAGCACCUCAGCAGUAUAAUCAGUACAGUCAAAGUCCAGGAGACAUGCAGAAUGGACCCCCACAGAUGAUACAGGCACCACCCAGGCCUGCUGUGUCCCAACCAUAUAACCAGGGAGCCAUGAACAUGUCAGGGCAGCACCCCUCCUAUCCACAACACUACGGGCUUCCACCCACAAUCCAACAGGUCAGCAACCAGAUGACAGGGAUGCAAAUUGCAUCUGGACCACCAACCCCUGCAGGACCUGGAUAUGCUCCACCUCACAGCUCACAGCUUCCCGUCAGCACUGCUUACUCAGCCGCACCUCCGCCCUCCUAUAGUCAAGCCCCUCCCCCCGUGUCCCCUGCUCCCUCCCAGCCACCACCUCCCAGUGGUCCGGCAGCUUCUCAGCAAUACUAUGGAGGCCCACCACCUCCUUCUCAACAGCCAUUACACUCUGCUCUCCCCCCUACCUCUCAACAGCAAUUCACCUCUUCUGUUCAACUUCCUCCUUCUCAGCAAACUAUCCCCCCUUCCUCCUACUCAGGUCCUGCACCUCCACCUAGUCAAGCUCCCACUGGCCCGGGGACCCAGCCACAGCAGACGUUCCUUCCACCUCAGCCCCCUUUCUCCUCAGCCCCCCUGUCUGUUAGCCAGCCCACCUUUGGCACUGGCCCGCCUCCACCUGCUCAAGGGUCCUUCCCGCCUCAAGCACCCCCUCCCUCUCAACCUGGGGGUUUCCCUCCCGCUGGUCCUCCCACCUCAGCCGCCGCUGGCCAGUACCCCGGCCCCAUGCCCCCCCAGCAGCAGCCUCCUCCAACCCAGCCAUCCCCUUACCACUCAGGGCCCCCUCCCCCCAGAGUUCAGAUGCCUCCCACUUCAAUGGCUCAAAGCAACCAUCUGCCUCCAGGACCACAGGGUCCACCAGGUCCUCCCGGGCCUCCUGGGCCUCCCGGGGCCCUGCAGCAGCCGCCUCCUCAGCCGGGCAUGCAGACAGGUUAUCCUUCUCAACAGAAUGGUGCAUUUGGGCAGGUGAGAAGCCCUCAGCAUGGUUACGCCGGUCCUUAUCCCCAACAACCAAACUAUGGAGCCCCUGCGCCAGCACCAGCUCCACCUGCACAGAAAAGACUUGACCCAGAUGCCAUUCCUAGCCCGCAAGCGCCUGACAUGCCGGCUGUGCAGAAAUCAAGACAUAGAAUAGACCCAGACGCUAUCCCCAGCCCAAUCCAGGUAAUAGAGGAUGACAAGGCUAAGAGCACCGAGCCUUUCACCACAGGGGUCAGAGGUCAGGCGCCUCCGUUGGUCACCACCAACUUCCAGGUCAAAGAUCAAGGGAAUGCCAGCCCCAGGUUUGUUCGCUGUACGGCCUACAAUAUGCCUUGUACGUCCGAUAUGGCCAAGCAGUCUCAGGUGCCACUGGCUGCUGUCAUCAAGCCCCUCGCCACCCUGCCGCCUGAUGAGACCCCUCCAUACAUGGUGGACCAUGGGGAGAGCGGUCCAAUCCGCUGCAACCGAUGCAAAGCCUACAUGUGUCCAUACAUGCAGUUCAUAGAGGGAGGUCGCCGCUUCCAGUGUGGGUUCUGCAGCUGCGUCACAGAGGUGCCUCAACAUUACUUCCAGCAUCUGGACCACACCGGUAAGAGGAGGGACUGCUACGACAGGCCGGAGCUGUCACUGGGAAGUUACGAGUUUCUGGCCACUGUCGACUAUUGUAAGAACAACAAGCUUCCUCAGCCGCCAGCCUUCAUCUUCCUCAUCGACGUGUCCUACAACGCUGUGAAGAGCGGCAUGGUCAGCAUCGUCUGCCAGGAACUCAAGAGUCUCCUGGACCACCUGCCCAGGGAAAACCCAGAAAUGGCGUCUGUGGUGCGGGUGGGUUUCGUCACCUACAACAAGGUUCUGCACUUCUACAAUGUGAAGUCGAGUCUGGCCCAGCCCCAGAUGCUGGUGGUGUCAGACGUCUCGGACAUGUUCGUGCCCCUGCUCGACGGGUUCCUGGUCAAUGUGAACGAAAGCCGGCAAGUUAUUGAGAGUUUGUUGGACCAGAUCCCAGAGAUGUUUGCUGACACCAGGGAAACUGAAACAGUCUUUGGACCCGUCAUCCAGGCAGGACUGGAGGCACUCAAGGCUGCUGACUGUGCAGGGAAGCUGUUCGUGUUUCACACGUCUCUGCCAAUCGCUGAGGCUCCUGGGAAACUAAAGAACAGAGAAGACAAGAAGUUGAUUGCGACAGACAAGGAGAAGUCUCUGUUUCAGACGCAGGCUGGCUUCUACAACAAUCUGGCCAAGGACUGCGUGGCCCAGGGUUGCUGCGUGGACCUUUUCCUCUUCCCCAAUCAGUAUGUGGACGUUGCCACAUUAGGGGUGGUUCCUGUCUCCACCGGAGGUUCAGUCUACAAGUACACAUACUUCCAGGCUCAGUCAGAUCAGGAGCGAUUCCUGAACGACCUCCGACGAGACGUUCAGAAACCAGUUGGGUUUGAUGCCGUCAUGAGGGUCCGAACAAGUACAGGUAUCCGAGCAACAGACUUCUACGGCUCAUUUUACAUGAGUAACACCACAGACGUGGAGCUGGCAGGCCUGGAUUGUGACAAAGCCAUCACCGUUGAGUUUAAGCACGACGACAAGCUGAGCGAGGAGACGGGGGCACUCAUGCAGUGCGCUGUGUUGUACACGAGCUGCAGCGGCCAGAGGCGUCUCCGUGUGCAUAACAUGGCUGUCAACUGCUGCUCACAGCUGGCUGACCUUUACCGAAACUGUGAGACUGACACAAUCAUCAACUACUUCGCCAAAUACGCUUUCCGCGGCAUCCUGAACAACCCCACCAAGGCAGUGAGAGACACCCUGGUGAACCAGUGUGCCCAGAUUCUGGCCUGCUAUAGAAAGAACUGUGCCAGUCCCUCGUCUGCUGGUCAGCUGAUUCUUCCAGAGUGCAUGAAGCUGCUCCCCGUUUAUCUCAACUGUGUGCUGAAGAGCGACGUGCUGCUGCCGGGAGCCGACGUGUCGUUGGACGACAGGGCGUACCUCAGGCAGCUGAUCAGCGGCAUGGACGUGUCCGACUCCCACGUCUUCUUCUACCCCCGUCUGCUUCCACUGAUGAAGCUUGAAAGCGGAUCGUUGCCGGUGGCAGUGAGGGACUCGGAGGAGAGGUUGUCUAAAGGCGGAGUUUAUCUCAUGGAGACGGGGCUGCACCUCUUCCUGUGGGUGGGGGCCAGCGUUCAGCAGGAGCUGCUCAUCAACAUCUUUGGCACGUCGAGCUUCAACCAGGUUGAGUCCAGCAUGACAAGUCUACCGGUUCUGGACAACCCCUACUCUCAGAGACUCCGAGAGAUGGUCGACUCCUUCAGAGCGCAGCGCUCUCGAUACAUGAAGCUGAUGGUGGUGAAACAGGAAGACCGGACCGAGCUGAUAUUCAAGCACUUCUUGGUGGAGGACAAGAGUGCCAGCGGGGGAGCUUCAUACGUGGACUUCCUGUGUCACAUGCACAAGGAGAUCCGCCAGCUUCUCAGCUAGACCCCGAAACGGCCACCUUCACUGACGAGCCCCACUGCAGACACACCUGUACCCCCCACCCCCGGUCACUGUUCCCCCUCCCAUCUGAGAAGCAGCGCUUUAUCCUGUUUUUUUUUUUUUGUUUUUUUUUGUUUUUUAUUAAACCUGAUAAACUAAAGCUCUCCUUGCUGUUAGUCAGCUGAGCGUUGGCUGGCAGGUAGCUGUGUGUGUGUGUGAGUGAGUGAGAGUGGGAGACAGUGUGUGGAAAAAUUGAGGAUGGUGUGUAAAGCUUCACUUGGCCUCACAUUUACUGUUCCAGCACAGCCGGAGCAGAAUAACUGACGAGGAAGGAUAAUGUAUAUAAACAAACGGACACUUACGUAUGCAACAGCCGGAGCGAGAGAGGUAGUCGUUCAACUGUCCAUUACUGGCACUGAAAAGCUUCUCUGGGUGCAUCAAAACUUGGAUAACAAAAACUUUUUAUACGAGUGAAUCCCAGUACAGCGAUUUAAAUUUGUGUAUGAAAAUGCAAUCACGUAAAUGCUGAUCUGUCUCCCUCCACUUAAAUCAUGGCCUUAGUACCUGCUCCCCACGCUGCUCCAGUCAUCCAUAAUGUGUAUGCUUUUUCUUUUUUUUUCUUCUUUUUUUUCCCAGAUGUGAAGGGAUUAUCUGCCAUUUGUCCAGUUUAUGAACAUUUGAAUUUAAACCCAGCUCAAACUAGAGUCUGAUGAGCUCUUAAAACAGAUGACAUCUGUUUUCUGGAGCGAUACGAACAGCUGGCUCAUGUCGGGGCUCGUACUGUCCAGAGGUACGUUUCAGAUCGCCGUUGUGUGGGAGGCGCUCGUUAAUCCCGUGUCUGAACAGCACUGAGAAAUGUCAGAAUAACGGAAAUAUGAAGCAUGGGAGCUUUUUCUCCUCAGUCAGGGUGAUUAAAUUUCCUCUCUGGGUUAGUUUCUGGGGAUGAUUGUAGAUGAUGUGAAGUGCUGCAGACUUUAUAUUCAUCAGAAGUGCUGAUGUCCAAAAUUAAACAGAAAUGAGCACAGAAUUGCAACAUAGGAGUGAAACACCAGUAAAUGUUGCAAACUUUGAGUUGUCUCUGCACUGAAUAGUUGGGAAGCUGAUCAACGUGUUCAUAAAAUAUAUAAUGUGUACAGAAUUAAUAGAAAAUGAGAAUUUUAACGACCUGCCUGAGCAGUUGUGGUCUGUUUCUUUGUCACAAAUAGCGGAAAUAUAAGAUUGUGGCUUUUACUGAAGAAAGAGGAAGGUGGACUUUUUUGAUAUGUCUGUGCGUGUGAAAGAGCGUGAGAGUGUGGGGUCGGUCCUGGUGAAUUUCUCACAUGGAACAGAGGGAUCAGCCAACACACCGACUUUCAUUACAGUUAAACUCGGUCUUCAUUUAUCACUUUCUGUUCCUUUUUUAACAAUGUGAUUUUGUGUUGGCGCGUGUGUGUGUGCAGCCCUCUGUUCCGUCUUUACUUUCCCCCGAUUCUGGUCGACCCGCCGUCUUGACUGUAAUCUUAAUUUCUGUUCCUUUUUCUUUCUUUCUUUUUCAUUGCCUCUUGGGACUGCUAAUAAAAUGAUUGUUAAAAGUGAA